AUGACCGAGGAAGACGUCGCGGCAGCGGCCGUGUACAGAGCCAAGGCGGAGGAGGCGCGCAGGAGCCAUGAGCGAAGGGAGCAGCACGACGCCGUGACCAGGUGGAUCGCCACGGGAGACCCCGAGGCCGUCCAGCGCUGCAACCAGUGGAUGGAGCAGGACAUUGAGGCCAUGAGGCUCAAGGACAUCGACCCCACCGAGGAUCUGUCGGACUGGGAGGCCGUCGAAGCCAAGAGGUAUCGAGAAUUCUGGGAGUUUCUAUGGGCCGACUCCUUCGGCUCCUGGGAGGACACCACACCUAUCCUGCCCAUGCGUUACACGGACGACAAGCCUCCGCGCGGUACGGCCUACCCCGUGCGAACUCUGCAGGUCUUCUCGGUCAGCGUUGCAGCCAUCAAAGGUGGAUUGGACUGGCCUCUGGAUGUGUAUGGUGUCGUCGCCGCACGCGACUCGUUGGAUCACAAUCGCAACAUUAUCUUCCACCGCACUAGGGAUAACUGCCAAACCAUUGACAAGAAGAAUCCAUGUCUGAGACUGACAGGUCCUACCCGCGCUGUUGUUGUUGUGGAUCCUGUGUACUUUGAGGUUAACUUGCGAGUAAAGGGCAAAACUGAAUCUGGGGAUAGAGAUUUGAGCUAUCUGGCUGUUUAUUAUCGUGAUUCUGGCUCUAGCGAAUCGUACGCGUUUAAAAAUGUCAGCACUAGCAAGCUUAGCACAGUGGCAUUGAUGUUGGGUGAUAUUGUUCAUUCAGUGGAGGCCACCAUCAGUGUGAGAGUGGUUCGUGGGGAAUGGCCGGAAGGUUGUAGAGGUCUAAUUUUUGCCAAUACCGCCAGUAUCGACGCCCAGAAAAUUGAGUUGCUUGCGUUCGGAGAUGAUAAGUUGCCUGUUGUAGCUAAUGGCACGAUAAAGCUUUCACGGCGUGUUGUAUCUGUUGAAGCUGAUGGAGAGUUGAGAGUCUGUGUCAUGGCAAGUAGCCUGGAGGAUCAAACUGUUGAGAGAGAUUCAGAAGCAUUCAAAGCCAAGAAAGCCUCCAGGAGCAGGCGAAUACUUGAAGUUCACUCUUGUAAGUUGGAAGUCACCAUCGCAUGGUCUUUUGUCCCGAACUAG